AUCCACGCCCGGUGGUGGCGGCUCAUGCCCGCCGAUAAAAAUUAAUUUAUUUUAGAAAUUUAAUGUUAAAUAACGAAAAAUGGACACUAGAAAGCUGACGGAAAUAUUGCGCGCCACAAUAGAGCCUAAUCAACGGCAGCAAGCCGAGGAACAGUUAUCGCAGAUCCACAAAAUCAUUGGUUUUGCUCCAUCCUUGCUCCAAGUGGUUAUGCAAAAUGAUGUCCCAAUUCCAGUCAGACAGGCUGGGGUUGUGUACCUCAAAAACAUGGUUACAAUGGGUUGGCCGGACAAAGAGCCCGAAGAAGUGCCCACUGAGCCUAUACCGUUUAGUAUUCAUGAGCAAGAUAGGGCUAUGAUUCGGGAUAUGAUAGUGGAGGCAAUCGUCCAAGCUCCCGAUAUAAUACGUGUACAACUGUGCGUGUGUCUUAAAACAAUCAUCAAGCAUGACUUUCCAUCGAGGUGGACCCAAGUUGUGGACAAAAUUCACAUCUACCUGCAAAACAAUGAAGCCAACACCUGGAUGGGGGCACUUUUGUGCCUCUAUCAGCUGAUCAAGUGUCACGAGUACCACAUUGCAGAGAAGAGGGUACCGCUGAUUGAAGCAAUGAACCUCCUGCUUCCCAUGAUGUACAACUUGAUUGUGAAUCUACAAGCUGACCAGUCGAUGGAAUCUGUUUUGAUUCAAAAACAAAUCCUCAAAUGUUUCUAUGGGCUUAUAAAGUACAUCUUGCCCCUGAAUCUGAUUACAAAAGAAGUAUUCACAAAAUGGAUGGAAGUUCUUCGGUCGGUCAUGGAGCAGCCAAUUCCUGAACAUACUCUGCAAGUUGAUGAGGAUGAGCGUAUGGAGCUCCCUUGGUGGAAGUGCAAGAAAUGGGCAGUGCAUACGUUGUACCGAUUAUUUGAACGGUAUGGAAGUCCUGUGAAUGCCCGUGAUGAGUAUGUUGAGUUUGCUGAAUGGUAUCUUACUACAUUCACUGGUGGUAUAUUGGAGGUCUUGUUGAGGGUUCUGGAUCAGUACAGGAACAAAAUGUAUGUUUCUCCGAGGGUUCUGCAGCAAACUCUGAGCUACAUAGAUCAAUGUGUAAGCCAUGCACAUUCAUGGAAGCUGUUGAAACCUCACAUGUUUGCAAUCAUUCAAGAUGUGCUCUUCCCGCUCAUGUCAUAUUCUGAAGCUGAUGAAGAGCUUUGGUUCACUGACCCUCAUGAGUACAUUCGCAUCAAAUUUGACAUAUUCGAGGACUUUGUGUCUCCAGUGACAGCAGCACAGACUUUAUUGAUAUCAUGCUGUAAAAAGAGGAAAGACAUGUUGGAACGGACAAUGCAUCUUUGUAUGCAAGUGCUGACCAAUCAAAGUGGGGAGUAUGGGCCGAGGCAGCGAGAUGGUGCUCUACACAUGGUGGGCACGAUCAAUGAGAUUCUCAUAAAGAAGAAGUUCUACAAAGAUGAAAUUGACUCACUGCUAAGUCAAUACGUAUUUCCAGAAUUCCACAAUCAAUUAGGUUACAUGAGAGCCAGAGCCUGCUGGGUCCUACAUUGUUUUGCAGCCAUUCGCUUCAAAAGUGAACCCCUCUUGAUAGAAGCACUCCGACUGACUGUCAAUGCACUGCUGACUGAUACAGAUUUGCCUGUUAAAGUUGAAGCAGCUAUUGCUAUUCAAAUGCUUCUCACUUAUCAGGAGAAGGUUCAGAAACUGCUGGAACCUCAAGUAGCAGCUGUCACCACUGAAUUACUGAAAGUCAUUAGGGAGACAGAAAAUGAUAACAUAGCGAGUGUGCUGCAAAAGAUUGUGCCACUUUAUGCCGAGCAACUAAUCCCAAUGGCAUACGAAAUCACUGAACACUUGGCAAAUACAUUCAGCAAAGUUAUUGAAACCGACUCUGGUACUGACGAGAAAGCUAUUACGGCUAUGGGACUCCUCAACACAAUGCAGACAGUUCUCAAUGUGAUGGAAGACAAUCCAGAAAUUAUGGCGCAGCUAGAGAAAACUGUUCUGCGUGUAGUUGGUCAUAUACUGCACCACAAUAUUAUUGAAUAUUAUGAAGAAGCUAUGACAUUGCUGUGCAACCUGACGGCGAAAUCAAUAUCUGAAGAUAUGUGGAAAGUACUAGAAAUGCUGUAUCAAAUAUUUGAGAAGGAUGGCUUUGAUUAUUUCACUGACAUGAUGCCAGUGUUGCACAAUUAUAUUACAGUUGACACAAAUGCAUUCCUUUCCAAUGAGAAUCAUAUUCUGGCUAUGUUCAAUAUGGCGAAAACCAUCUUGAAUGCUGAUACUGAGGAUGAAUCCGAGAUACAUGCAGCAAAACUUCUGGAAGUAAUGGUAUUGCAAUGCUCGGGAAAAAUUGACAACUGCCUUCCAUCAUUUGUAGAGUUGGUUCUUAGCAGACUUACUAGAACAGUUAAGACUUCUGAGCUCAGGACUAUGCUGCUGCAGGUCUUGAUUGCAAUUUUAUACUGCAACCCACAUCUGCUGUUCACUAUCCUGAACAAAUUACAAGAAUCUGUACCAAACACCUCAAUAACUCAGCAGUUCAUUGAGCAAUGGAUUCAUGAUGCUGACUGCUUCAUGGGAUUGCAUGACAGAAAACUGUGCGUCCUUGGCAUCUGUACAUUGCUUGAAAUGGGUCCUCAACGACCCAACAUAGACAAGGUCCUGCCUAAGCUGCUGCCCUCAUGUUUGGUGUUGUUUGAAGGCUUGAAACGGGCUUACGAAGCUAGGGCAGAGGCUGACGAAGAUACAUCCACUGAAAAUGAUGACGAUGAAGAGGAUGAAGAGGUCCUCUCAAGUGACUAUGACGAUAUUGACCAAAUGAAUAGCGAAUAUUUAGAAAACCUAGCCAGGAUGGCAACUAAAACCAGUGCAGCGCAGGGCAUAAACGUAUCAGCAAAAGUUGAAGAGUAUGACAGUGACGAUGACUCUGAUGAAGAUUAUGAGGCAGAUGAGACUGCUAUUGAAUGCUACACAACUCCUCUGGAUGAGUCGGAUUGUACUGUUGAUGAGUACAUCAAAUUUAAGAAAACAUUAUUAGAAUUAUUAAAUGGCGAGCCAGCGCUAUACCAUGCACUCACAAGUGUAUUAAAUGAGGAACAACAGAAGCAGUUAAAUGCUGUAUUUGUGCUGGCUGAUCAGAGGAAAGCGCAGCAAGACAGCAAACGCAUUGAACAAAGUGGAGGUUAUUCAUUCACUGUGCCAGCACAAGUACCGACGACAUUCAAGUUCGGAUCCUAAGUGUAUUUCAUCGUCGUGAAAUUAUUGUCAUUAUAAAUAAUAAAAAAUAUCACAAGCACUUUUUGGUAAACACGCCAAAUGUUUCUAUGUCAACCACUGGGCAAGAAUGGAUAGGCUAAGAUUAUAUGUCCAUUUUUAUUCUACGUGUAAAUCUGUUAAAUGUUGUAAUAAAUAAGCUGGUGCGUUUC